CUGCUCUAUUUCCCACCUCUUGUCUCUUGUCUCUCUCUUAUUCUCUCUGCAUUUUAUCCACCCCUCCUCCUCUGCUUUCAUUCAGAUAAUUUUCCCAUCUCCUGCUCACUCCCUCUGCUGUGUCUUUCUCCUCCCUCUCCUCUUCUCCGUUGUUGCUGCUGCUCUAGCUGCCUCACCCUACAUCCCUCCCUUCCUACCAACGCUCCCCCCUCCUCCUCCUUUUGGAGAUCUUCAAAUCCGACCAGCACACACUUGCUCAUAGCAUAACACACUCCUCUCCUGCGUGGGAAAAACAUGUCAGCUAUUCUGGACCUGGACCAGAUUGCAUGCUCUGGGAAUGGAGUGGAGCAUGACAUUGAGACCCCCCACGGCGUCCUCCAUGUGACUAUGCGAGGUGUUCCCAAGGGCAACAGGCCUGUCAUCCUCACCUAUCAUGACAUCGGACUCAACCACAAGUCGUGCUUCAACACCCUGUUCAACUAUGAGGACAUGCAGGAGAUUACGCAGCACUUCGCCGUAGUCCACGUGGACGCGCCUGGCCAGCAGGAGGGCGCACCUCCAUUUCCCAGCAGUUAUCGCUACCCAACCAUGGAUGAGUUAGCUGAAAUGCUGCCCUCUGUGAUGACUCAGCUCAAGGUCAACAGCGUGAUCGGCAUAGGCGUUGGAGCCGGAGCAUACAUCCUCAGCCGCUUUGCACUGAACAACCCCACCCUGGUGGAGGGACUGGUUCUGAUCAAUGUGGACCCAUGUGCUGAAGGCUGGAUCGACUGGGCAGCUUCAAAGCUCUCUGGAUGGACCAGUGAUUUGGUGGAUAUCGUUAUGUCCCACCACUUCAGCACUGAUGAGCUAUCAGACAACAUGGAGCUGAUCCAGACUUAUCGCCUCCACAUUGCACAAGACAUCAACCAGGACAACCUUGCUCUCUUCUGUGGCUCCUACCAAUACCGUCGGGAUCUGGAGAUCGAGAGGCCAGUCGUGGGUCUCAAUGAGGACACGGUGAACACACUAACGUGCCCCGCUCUGCUGGUGGUUGGUGACACAGCACCUGCUGUCGAGGCAGUGGUGGAGUGCAAUUCCAGGUUAAAUCCAACCAAGACUACACUUUUAAAGAUGGCUGAUUGUGGAGGCUUGCCCCAAGUUGUGCAGCCUGGAAAACUUGCUGAGGCCUUCAAGUACUUUGUUCAGGGAAUGGGCUACAUUCCCUACGUUCUUCUCAGUCACCUGAGCAACGAAUCAGUGCCGACAGCAGGAAUGACUCGUCUGGCUCGCUCCCGCACCACCUCCUCCUCCAGCAUCACCUCCAUGGACAGCAGUCGCAGCCGCAACAACCUCAACAGCUAUCUGGAGGGUAGUGCAACUGGGGCCCUGGACAGCCAGACCGGACCCCAGACCAUGGAGGUCUCCUGCUAAACCACAUCCCCACCCCACAACUGUAUGCACACUCCCAUAGUAACUUGUGAACCCUAUUACCCAAUGUUUUUCUCUUUCUCUCUCUCUCUGUAUCUCUCUCUCUCUCACUCCCUGCCUCCCUCGCUCUCUUUCUCUCUCUCUCUCUCUCUCUCUUACUCUCUUUCUCUCUCUCUCCCCCCUUUCUCUCUCUCUCUCUCUCUCCCCCCUUUCUCUCUCUCUCUCUGUCUCUCUUAUCCUGCUCCUAAGCAAUUCAAUGAUAGGAGGAUCUGUAUGAACUAUGUGAUUAGAAAAGAGGAUGUUAUAAAUAUAUUAACAGAUGCAUAUUAUUGAAUAUAAAAUAUUGAAUACACUGUCAAAGUCACAUUCCUACCAGGGACUACAUUCAGAUGUGCUGUAUAUUCAGAUGGUCAUGCUAUAAGAUUGACUCAGCCGUUCCACCUCACCACCCUUGUAUUUAUUUUUUCCAAAUUGUCUUUGUUUUAAAUGUCCUCACAAACUGUAAUGUCUCCCAAGUGUUCUAAGUAACCCUUUUUCAUUGCACUGUUCAUCACAAUUGCUUCUUCUUUUUUUACUUAUACCUCCUCUAGUGUUGAUUGUGAGUCACUGUAUCUUUGUGUUUAAUCUCCAACUUGCUGCAAUGUGAGGCUGAAUUAGUCACAAAGUAUACAGAGGGAUCACUGAAUCUACUGUAGCAGCAGAAAUCAAGGUAAAGUGAUGUGGCUGAUAGACAAUGGAAGAACCAUUGCAGACUGUAGCAAACUGCCACUAAAACUAGAUCAAAGCUGCGGGAACAUUGAAUUAAGAAACAUUCAUUGUGAAUGUAAAGUCAUCUACUAAGUGUGUCAGCCCUAUCAUUAUAUUUUUGAUUGUUAUUGUAUCUGAACUCAUAUCAGUUUCCUUGUUAGUUUUGCUGUUUUUGUCCAGUUGAAUUUAUUCAUUUAUGUUUGAACAACUUUUAACAAGGGGGAUCUGAUGUAAGAAAUAGGAGACCCCUCACUGAGGUGCCCUCUAAUGCUUCUCACAGUCUGCUGAUUCAAUUCAUUUAUAUUACUACUUAAUAAAGCUUCAACAUGACAA